GUCUCCUCUAUAUCUAUAUCCACUCAAAAAUAAAUUUUGGUUCAAAAGAAGAAAAAAAAACAACUCAAAAGGGUACCAUUUUCUAAAGAUUAAUAUAAAAUUAUAACUCUUGUUGGAUACAAAGAACAUAUUUCUCAGGGGAUUAUGGCAAUAAUUUAGGGUUUAGACAUCUUGGAGUGGACGGGCUGAAGAGAACUAGUCACGGAUUGCUUUCAAAGCCCAAAUCCAUGUCCGAAUUGCCUAGCCCAAUACUGAAGUUUGUCCACCGUCAAACCCGCACAAGUUGUUCCGGCGGCGAAGAUAGAACCCCCGACCCCGGCCACAGACAGAGAGUUCCAUCCAUUGACAGAUUGACUAUGGGGUUUCAAUGGAGGCACAGGCUAGGUAAAUAACGGUCGACCAGACUAAGCUUUCAGAUGUUGCUCUCAUCUGGGUUGCACCUCCACGAUCAAAAGCCCCAGCAUGGCUGACCUCCCACAGCUCAAUUCAACCUUCUUACUUUCUUUGCGAUCAAUUUUCCUGUGCUUUGUUUUCUUUCUAUUCCGAAUAUUUCGCUCUCUUUUCUUCUUUAUAAGGAAAUAUGGAGCAUAUCAUAUCCACACUUACCGAGGGUCAUGAGACGACAUGCUGGGCUUGUGAAUUGCGCCUUCUUCUUACAUCCAACUCACCCGCUUUCAAGUGCGGUUGGUGUGGAGCAAUAACUAAUGAAAAAGUACAUAAACAUGAAAGCACUUUAUUUUGGUGGAGACGCCUGCGUGAUCGAUCCUUUGUAUGUGUGCUUCUUGGAUUCAUGUUGUUUGUCAUAGGUGGUGGUGUGUGGGCAGUUUACCCUGUUGUUUUCUCUAUUAGCUAUUACUGUGGUAUAUUGCACUCAAUCAUAACAAUGAUCUUGUCCAUUUCUACGAUAUCAACAUUCAGCUUAGCGGCAUUCAAGUGUGCUGGAAAGCCACCAAGUAUACUGUGGGGAAGCUACCUAGUUGUUGGGAAAGGUCACCUUGAGAACUAUACCUUCUGCCACUAUUGUUCAAAGCCAAAAUCACCAAGAACUCACCAUUGCCGGUCAUGUGGAAUGUGCAUAUUGGACGUGGAUCAUCACUGCCCUUUUCCAAUGGAAAUUAUCAUUCAAGCAUGUUAUGUAGAAAUCAUCAACUACAGUGACUUUUGCAGUAUCAGCGGAGUCACCCUUCACAUCCUCAGCUCCUUUCACCUUCAAUGAACCAGAUUGCAACUUGGCAAUACCAUUAGCUCUAUUCUUAUGAUCACCUUUUGGGGUUUUACCCUUGCCACUGGAGGUUGCAGUUGGGGUGUAUUUGCUUGACUUUUGACUCUUACAAUUUCCUUGUUUGGACUUGGAAGUUUUCAAUGUGAUAGUGCUCUCCUCCUUCGAUUUGCAAGUCCUAGCUGCAACUCCGUCGUCGUUCUUCGAUUUACUCAACCUUCUUGGGGUAUAAUGUCUGGAUCUGCUACCACCAUUAUCAGCAUCAGACUUAUUGAUAAUCUUAGAUUCAGCUUUUGAUUUUCUACCAGCUUUACUAACAUUCUUAGAUUUUUCAUCUGCCUUUGUCCUUGCCCCUUUGGAUUUGCCAGAGGGAGUGCUUCCGACCCUUUUAUGAGAAGCAUCAAACUUGCCAUGCUUAGUUGACUGAUCAGAAUUUGUUUUCAUUUUCUUUUUCGGGGGCAUUUUUGUGGUUGCAUCUGGACUUGGCUGAUCAGUUCAUUCCCCGUCUGAACCUGAAAAAAUCUGCAACGAUCUUCCACUUUUCCUUUUUGAGAUUUAGCAUUUCUACAUCACCAUCAAUGUAUAAAACCUUAUGCUCUUUCUUAACAGAAUCGAAAGAGCCAAUGACGCCUUCAUAGUACGCCUUGUCUAUCGGCCACCAGACUUUGACCUUCUUUCCAACCAGAUUCUCUCCAGAACCCUCAGUCUCAGGUUCCUUAUCUUUCACCGAUGUGUGCUUCCUCUUGGGCUUUGACUUUGAACUCUCCUUUAAAUAGUGUUCGGCUC